CACAAAACGAAUGUAAACCAAAUCUAAAUAGUAAAUACCGAGGCUAGAAAAACCAGCAACCUGCUUUAGAGUCCACAGUAUUUAUUUUGAUUUUGACGAUGCCGUAUAAAUUAGCAUAGCCUAGAUCUAGAUAAAUAUUACAGAACUUUUUUUUAACUCCCAUGCAAUGUCAAUGUUUCAAAGGCUAUUAACACCUUCAGAUAAGUUGAAAAAAGAAAAUAAUGCACCCGAGCCCUGUGAAGAAGUAGAGGAUGGUCAACCACACAAUCCGUUUACUGAAAUAUUGAUACUACAUCAACACUCUGAUAUAGUAAGACUACUAUUGCGCAUAAAUGAUAGAAGGUUUGUAUCAGCAGGUGAUGACAACAAGGCCAUUAUAUGGGAAGUUCAGUAUGGUCGUCAGAUUGCGACACUUAUAGGACAUACUCAUCCAAUUACCAGCCUGUUGCUGUUGCCCUCUGUUGAAGGUGGUGAUGAUGUCUUUAUUGUAUCUGGCUCAUCAGACAGACAAAUUAGAGUGUGGAAUGCAGAAACUGGGGAAUGUGUGCAUACAUUAACAGAACAUUGUGGAUCUGUGAGGUGCCUGAUUCACUUGACAGAUGGAUUGUUUUGUGCAGGGGGAGAGAAUCUUUCAUUAUGGAACAGACAAGGACAAUUGUUGCAUAUGCUUAACAAAUGUACUUUGGAAGAUGUUCAUCUGAUGAUUGCCAUAAAAAACAACCGCUUGGUUAUUGCUGCUGACAAGGAGUUAGUGGUGUACAGGCUAAACCUUGAUGGCACAGUGCCAGAGCUUGUAGUACUUAAACAUCUAAAUUCACAUCAGGAGACCAUCCAUUCAUUAAUUCCUAUAUCAACUUCUUGUUUUGGUACUGGCUCUGUAGAUGGGAUGAUAAUUAUUUGGACGUCAUCCACUUUACAACAAACAAAAACAUUACGCACUGUCACUGAGCGAGACAUAGAGAACAAAACUUUUUUACACAGUGUCCAGGCUCUAAUCUGUGUGCAGGAGCGCUACCUCUUUGCUGCAAUUGGAUGUGGUUUUUAUGCUUAUGAUGUGACUGCUGUUAAAGAAACUCUGGUUAUUCAGAAGAGAUCUGCACAUUUAUCCAAAAUAACAUGCAUGGGUUUCGCUUGUGAGGGAGAAAUCUUAGCAACAUGUUCUGAAGACAAAUGUAUACGACUGUGGGGUCGUAAGCCUGUAACAGAUCCAUGGGGGGGUGAUGUGGCUGUGACAACUAUGGAGAGAUUUACUGGCCUGCAAUCUAAUGAAUUGUUGAACUCAACCUCUCCGUGGGAACCAAGUUUGCUUGGAGAGUGUUGCGCUCAUGGAGAAAUAGUGCAGGGCUUUUUGGAUUUUGACCAUGAAGGAAUUGUAACAUGUGGAUCAGAUGGCCUAGUCAUAGUGUGGAAGAAUUCUGAGGUGCAGAAAGUGAGAAGGAAUCAGUCUUUAAGAAAGUUUUUAAUAAAUCGUGAUGGCAUUGUUUAAUUUCCCCAACCUUUAGUGAUAUAUUAAUUGAUGUGAACAAACUUUUUGAUUUGAAUAAAAAAAAUUAUGUGAAAUAUAAUGUAAAUGUUAUUUAAUUUAAAUAAUUCUACAUUUUAUUUGGAUGUUGCUUGUUUUUUUAUCAUUGCCUUGAUAAUGAUGUCUGCCUAAAAAACCAAGCCACU